GGUUUCUUCAUUCCCAUCUAUGCACAUACAUUUCACACACGUCGCAACUGUACUGCUAUCCAUAUACACACACACGCGCGCACACACAGACACACACACAGUCACACAUACAUACUCAGAUCAUGGACAUGGCUCUAAUCAGCUUCCCUGAGACUCUGGUACUCUACUGCUUGGUUUUUAUAUUGUUUCUCUUUUGGUUGAAAUGUACCCUGGGACGACGCCAAUCCUCCAGGGGUGUGACAGCACUACCAUGUUUGCCGAGCGUGCCCGUCUUAGGCAGCCUGCUGCACCUGCGAUCGCCUCUUCCUCCACAUCUCCUCUUUUCCAAGCUGGCCAGCAGAUACGGGCCACUCUUCAGCCUGUACAUGGGGCCGCACUACACACUGGUGGUGAGUGAGGUGGCCCUGGCCAGAGAGGUGCUGCUGCACAGGGGCAAAGACUUCGCUGGACGGCCAAAGAUGGUUACAACAGACAUGCUGACUCGUGGAGGGAAAGACAUUGCAUUUGCAGACUACAACACACUGUGGAGGAAUCAUCGCAGACUAGUGCAGUCCUCCUUCGCACUGUUCGGGGAGGGAUCCAGCAAACUACAGACCAUUGUAUUAGAUGCCGCAGAUAACCUGUGUUCAGACCUGCAGGCCUGCAGGGGGCAGUCUGUAGAUAUGGGUCCAGUCCUUAUGCGAGCCGUCACCAAUGUGGUGUGCAGGCUGGUUUUCGGGUCCACCUACGACCCUCACGACCCCGAGCUCCAGCAGGUCAUUGACUAUAAUGAUGGUAUUGUCCAGACCAUUGCACGUGGAAGCCUGGUGGAUAUCUUUCCUUGGUUACAGAUUUUUCCCAAUAAUGACUUGGCCAGGCUGAGACAGUGUGUGCAAAUCCGAGACAAAUUACUGACCACAAAACUGGAAGACCACAAGUUGACCCGUACACCUGGGGAACCCCGUGACCUCCUAGACGCUCUCCUGAGUGGGUCAGAUGGUGAGGGUGGUGUCACAGAUGAUCAUAUUUUGAUGACAGUUGCUGAAGCAUUUGGAGCUGGAGUGGAGACCACAUCCACCACUUUACUCUGGACUAUUGCGUUCUUACUACACUAUCCAGAAGUGCAAGAGCGUCUUCACACCGAGCUGGACGAGUGCGUGGGCAGGAGCCGACACCUUUCUUUAAGUGACAGGACCAGUCUGCCAUUCCUGGAGAGCGUGCUGUGUGAGGUUAUGAGAAUUCGCCCUGCCAGUCCUAUCCUCAUCCCCCAUGUUGCUAUGCAGGACACAAGAUUAGGAGGUCACGAAGUUCUAAAAGGUACAAGAGUCUUGGUGAACAUCUGGGCAAUCCACCAUGACUCAAAACACUGGGAAAAACCUGACCAAUUCAGACCAGACAGGUUCCUGGAUGACAUGGGUAAGAAGAUAACUCCACCCAGUUACCUUCCCUUUGGGGCAGGGCCUAGAGUGUGUGUGGGUGAAUCAUUGGCCCGGAUCGAACUCUUCCUGUUCCUCAGCUGUCUUCUGCAGAGGUUUCGUUUCAGUGUCCCUUAUGGCGCUUCCCUGCCUGACUUGCGUGGGCGCUCGGGAGUUGUGCUUCAACCACAGCGCUACACGGUCGCAGUAAAUCUGCGUCACUGAACAAUAUUUCUAUUCAGUAUCCUUCAAAAUGAAAACAUAAGCCUAAAAACAAUCCUCUUAAACAGUCAGUAUAUUUGGCCUUAUUAUUAUAUUAUUAUAUAAGGCCUUAUUUAUGGUUGUUUUGUUUUUUUUGUCUGAAAAUCCAUCUAUUGUGUAAUGUUAAAUUUUUAUGUCAUUUUACUGCCAGCAUUUUUCUCUAACAUUACAUUUUUUUUUGGUGGAAAACUAAUGGUUGGAAAUAAACAAUGCUGUCUUUUACUGUCUCAGUUAUACAGAAACCAUAUGAUACAGGAACAAUUUUUUUUUAGAGAAUUUUUCUAGAGAAAACGUAUCAGACAUCAGAAACAGCAAAUGAUAGGAACUUUGAACUUAUUAGAUAUGUGAUUGUAAUAUCUAUCUAUCUAUUUGAGAGAGAGAGAGAGAGAGAGAGAGGUGUAGUGAUAUUCUACAUUAUAGCUUGUAUAGUAUAGUUUCAAUCUAUAAUUUACUUUCAGAAAAACUCAACUGACUUCACCGAUUUUCAACUUGGUCUCCAUCCACUGCUUACCACAAAUAAUAAUGUGACAGAAUUGUUCAUUUCAGUUGGUAACUUCCAACUGAUAAAGUCAUACAUCAGUUUUUUUUGUAAUCAAAAGCAAAUGCUGGGCUAAUUCCCUCUGCACAGAGUUACAAAACCCUAGCAAAGAGCAGAAAUGAUUUGUUUACUAGUUUUACUCUGGUUAUGGAUAGCCUGCACAGACCAUCACACAUACACACAUCACAACACAAGUGUACCACACACACACACACACAAAUGACGAGACUACAGGUUUAGGUUGACUUGUUUAGUGGUCAAGUCGUUUAGAAUAACAUUUUCACACCUUUCACAAUCUCACAGGGACAUCAAACAUACUCUAUUGCUCAGACUAAAGAAGGUUGUCAUAGUAACGCCACGGCAGCACCAUGGGAACGCCAUAGUAAUGUAAGUGUAACUCGGUACUGAUGCCAUAGUAACACUAGAAUCGACACACACAAUCUCUCAGCCGCGGAUUACUUUUUUUGUUUUUUUUUACACCGGCUUCUAGAGCUGCACUCCAAAUGACAUGGCAUGCUUAGAAAAUAUAUCAUUUCACAGAGAGCAUAUAUAUGUAUAGAUAUAUAAUCUGCACCUACGUAUAUAUAUUUAUUUGUAUGUGUAUUUCCAUAUUUGCCAUAUUGAUAUUUGACUCAGUUGGACAGCAGUUCGGAGAGUCUUUAGGCUGCUUUUGUGUUGCCAAUGAGCAAUGCUGUUUCUGUGUUUCCACA